AUGGCAGCAGCAGAACCUGACAAGUAUAGCAUGAUUAACUUUGAAGAGACGGAAUUACGUCUAGGGUUACCUGGAGGAAUUGGUAAUGGAAAUGAUGGUGAGGUUGCAAAGAGUAUACAUGGAAAGAGAGGGUUUUCAGAGACUGUUGAUUUGAAGCUUAACCUCUCAACAAAGGAAUCGCGAAAGGGACGAGAUGAGGAGAAAGUAAUGAAGGAGAAAACUGUUGCUUCUCCACCCACUGAUCUUGCAAAGCCACCGGCCAAGGCACAAGUUGUGGGUUGGCCACCCGUUAGAUCAUUCCGUAAAAAUGUCAUGGCCGUCCAGAAGAACAGCAAUGACGACGGUGAAAAAUCCAGUAGCAGUGGCGCCGCCGCGACUUUCGUUAAGGUUAGCAUGGAUGGCGCCCCGUAUUUACGAAAAGUGGACUUGAAAUUAUACAAGAGCUACCAAGAGCUCUCUGAUGCUCUAGGCAAAAUGUUCAGCUCCUUCACCAUUGGUAACUGUAGCUCACAAGGAAUGAAGGAUUUCAUGAAUGAAAGCAAAUUGAUAGAUCUUUUGAAUGAUUCUGAGUAUGUGCCAAGUUAUGAAGACAGGGAUGGAGAUUGGAUGCUUGUAGGAGAUGUUCCAUGGGACAUGUUUGUUGAUUCAUGCAAGCGGUUGAGGAUUAUGAAAGGGUCUGAGGCUGUAGGACUUGGUUACCCCAAGAGCUGUGGAGAAGUGCAAGAACAGAAGUUGAAGUGCUUUUUUAACCAGUUAAUUUGGUCAGCUGAUUCCAAUUGUCCACAAAGGAAAGAAAACAGGCUCAAAAGGGAGGCAAAGUAUAUGAUCCGUGAACAAAGUGAUAAGGACGAGGAGCAAGGCCAUGUGCUUGCUGUUGGGGGCUUUCAGGCCAUCCAUUAUUUGUUGUUGGCAUAUCCCUCCCACUUUGGACCAUUGGAAGCUGCUGAAAGUCAAAUUGUUCAAAGUGAAGAUGGGAAGGAAUCCGUUGAACUCUAUCUUUUGUAA